AUCUAGAGGUUUACAUAAAGAUGCUAGGAACGUUACUUAGUUUUACUUUGUUUCUCAGAUAGCCUACCCCGCGUGUCUGCAUCGACUUUCAAUUCCAGACAAUUAAAGAUAACUGGUGACAGUGACAAAAUAAAAGUUAUUAAGAGCAUCCAAAAAUGAAUGGUUUUCAUUUAGAUGACUUCCUUGCAGGGUGGAUUGGAGGUGAGUGUCCGUUAUUUUUCAACAAGUCAAUUAGCUGUAGAAUAACACGUUUUAUGUUUGGAUGAGUUGUUGGACUAUUGCGUAUAUAUAAUAUAACAUGCUAUUUAGCAGACGCUUUUAGCCAAAGCGACUUACAGUCAUGCGUGCAUACAUUUUUUCGUAUGGUUGGUCCCGGGGAUCGAACCCACUACCCUGGCGUUUCAAGCGCCACGCUCUACCAAUUGAGCUACAGAGGACCACAUAUCGAUUUUUUGUUUGUUUAUCAUCAUUUGUGUUAAACAAACAAACUUUUGUAUGUUUUUUAUUUUAAUACAUUUGCUAUGUUUGCUAUUUAGGCCUAUGUCUAAUCUAUGUUCGAUUAGAAAUAAAAAAUGAAUAAUUGGAACAAAGUUUAAACAAUGCACAGAUUUUCCAAAUCUAAUUGCCCACAUAGAGCUUGACAUUUGAUCAUUUUGAUCAAACACUCAACAUUUAACAUGCAAUCAACAGGUAGUUAAUAAUUAAAUAACCAGUACUACAUGUUUGACUAUUUAGUUUGAGAAAAACUCUUCCUUUUAUAUAUUCUACUUCUGCAAGGCGCGCUACCUGAAACGGCCAGUAGGGGGCUUUAGUGGUUGCACAUUGCAUAAUGAAAUAUGUGGAAUGCUGUAAGUGGUCUCACUCUUCAUCGGCCCGUUAUUCGCCUAUAGGCAGACUACUGUAGUUAUGAACAUUAACGGCCUAAGUUUGUUUUUGCAAACGUUGAGUCAGAAUGAUCCCUAAGCAGAGCUAGGGCAGUGGUAGCGUUUUAAAAUGCUGCUGAGACUGUCUGGCCGGGACAUGAUUCUCCCAGUUCUCUCUGUAUUUCCCUGAAAUCUGUGGUACUGUAGUUCUAUUGUCCGAGAAGGGUCGGAUGUUCUAGGCAGGGUGCCACUGAAACAACAUUAUAUAUUAUUAUUAUCUCUCGCUCUCUCCCCCUCCCCCUAUCUCACUCUCUUUCAAUUCAAUUUACUUUAUUGGCAUGAUGUAAUAAUGUACAUUGCCAAACGCGUACUUUGGAGAUUAAGUGAUACAUUUACGAUAUGAACAUAAUUAAAAUAAUAAUAAUGAAGAUUGUCAACGGGACAAUCAGUAACAACAAUAACCAAGGGUCAAAAUAUCCAUAGAUUGAACAAUAACAAUAAGCAUAGAGGACAUGUGCAGGUCGGUUGGUCUGUCAGACACUGUCCCUCAUCUUAUGGCAGGCAGCAAUGUAGUGCGCUGCCAACCCACAGCUCUCCGCGUCCUCCCCCAACAGGACGGGUAGCCUAUUCUCAUCAGAGAGGUCUUGAAACCUUGAAUAAGGGUUUAACAUUUGGGGAAAUGACACUCAUUGUUUUAUAUUUUUUACAUUUGGUGAGGAAAUGCAGCUCUGUCUCUUUGCCAUGGUGUACUGUCGAUUUAUGGCCAGAUAGCACUGGGGGGGGGGAUUCAAAGACACAUUAAAUUAGAUUUAGCCAAUUUUGAUAGGUAUUUGAAUGUGUGCUCUCUCUCUCUCUCUCUCUCUCUCUUCUCUCUCUCUCUCUCUCUCUCUCUCCUCUCUCUCUCUCUCUCUCGCUCUCUCUCUCUCUCUCUCUCUCCUCUCUCUCUCUCUCUCGCUCUCUCUCUUCUCCUCUCUCUCUCUCUCUCUCUCUCUCUCUCUCUCUCUCUCUCUCUCUCUCUCUCCUCUCUCCUCUCUCCCCCACUCUCUUACACUCUAUCUCCUCUAUCUCCUCUCUCUUCUCUCUCCCACCCCUAUCUUCCCUUCUCACUCCUCUAAAUGUUGUUUCCAUCUGUUUUUCCAAUAGGAGCGUCCAGUGUUAUUGUGGGUCAUCCGCUGGACACAGUCAAGGUACAUAUGAGGACACAGUUCAACACAUAAAGGACUGGUUUCCCAGACACUGAUCAAGCCGAGUCCUGGACUAAAAUGCAUUUUCAAUGGAGAUUCUCUGUUUAUCUUGAGUUUAAGUCCAGGAAUAGGAUUAAUCUGUGUCCAGGAAACUGUCCGAUGAGGUUUAAACAGUGGAGGCUGCUGAGAGGAGGACAGCCCAUAAUAAUGUCUGGAACGGAGCAAAUGGAAUGGCGUCAAACACAUGGAAACCAUGGAAACCAUGUGUUUGAUGUAUUUGAUACCAUUCCACCAAUUCCACUCCAGCCAUUACCAUGAGCCCGUCCUCCUCAAUUAAAGUGCCACCAGCCUCCUGCGGGUUUAAAUCAGGGAUUUACAUUAAGGUCUGAAAGGCACUUGCCCAUCGGGAAAAAAUCCAUAAAAUGUCUCUUUCAUUUAAACAAUGGAGGGGAACCAGACAGAUCAAUGCUUGCAGUUUCGUUGUUGUCCGUAAACAUAAAAAAAUAAAUAAAAUAAAAACUGCCCAAUGGGGGCGACCUCAGAGCAGGCUCAACUUGUCCAACUGUUCAGUUCACUUGCUCUAGGCAAUAGGUCACACCUUAAUGUCAAUCCUUGAGUUUUUACCAAACAUGCAACAUUAGUUUAUCUGCACAUACACAGUUACCAUUUAGUAGGCAAUAGGCCUGCAGUAACAGUAAAACGAGUUACCACGCAUCACAUCACCUAGCCUACAUGUUGUAGAUUGUGUAGGCCAAUGUUUUAGGUAGAAAUGUUGAAGUUAUUAACAUUUCCCAUUCUAUGAUUCUACCCAACAGACUCGUCUACAAGCCGGGAAAGGAUACAGGAGCACCCUCCACUGUGUCCUCCAAAUCUACAGAAAGGAAACUGUAAGUGGAUAUGUCACUGCUCUCGUAGUCUAAAUGUAAUACAGGCCGUUUAGCAGACACUUUUAUCCAAAGCUACUUACAGUCAUGCAUGCAUAGACAUAUUGUAUGGAUCCCAAUGGGAAUCGAACCCACAGUAAUCCAUGGGAGGCCAUGGGAUAAUUCUUGGCAUGUGGUCCUCUGUAGCUGAAUUGGUAGAGCAUGGCGCUUGUAACGCCAGGGUAGUGGGUUCGAUCCCCGGGACCACCCAUACGUCAAAAGAAAAUGUAUACAUAUAUGACUGUAAGUCGCUUUGGAUAAAAGCGUCUGCUAAAUGGCAUAUUUUUAUUAUUAUAAACCAUUUGUCAUCAUGGCAUUGGUAUAGUUUCCUAAAGAACUGUAGAGGCCUUGGACAUUAAGUGUCAGCCUCGACAACUACUGUAAAAGUUCAUUAUCAUAUUCAUUUUACACACUCAUCUGUAGAUUAUACUGUAGACCUAGCUGUGACAGUUCUGGAAAGAAAAAUGUGACUUUUGAAGCAACUGUGCUUUUGUUUUAUCAAUAUCCUUGAGCCUUGCUGUGAAUAUUCCCUCUGUAGCCUCUCUCCGGCUGGGAGGGAGAACAACCUGGAAAGAAGUGGAGAGCGCUCUGGGAGGGGGGAAAAAAUAAACCUUAAAGCUGCCAAAGACCAUGUGGUAUACUGGGACCCAGACCUUCUGCUAAACACACUGUUGCAUAAAACGUCACAUUUUUCUUCCACCUAGGUUGCUGGCUUCUUCAAGGGUCUCUCCUUCCCCCUGGCCAGCAUCACUGUGUAUAACUCAGUGGUGUUUGGGCUCUUCAACAACACGCAGAGGGUUAUAAGCAAGUUCCGCUAUGGUGAUGGGAGGCAGCCAUGUGGUAUGUUGGACCUGACCCUGGCCAGCAUGUUGACUGGGCUGAUGUCAGUGGGACUCGGAGCUCCGGUCGACCUUGUUAAGAUCAGACUGCAGUUGCAGACUCUGCCCUGUUUAGCAGGUAAAGUUAAAGCCCAAUACAACAUUAUAGACCAUUCUAGAAUGUAUUUAUUUUAGUAUAACUAUCCUUCAGACCAUUCUAGCAGGUAUUUCCUUUAGUAUAACUAUCCUUCAGACCAUUCUAGAAGGUAUUUCCUUUAGUGUAACUAUCCUUCAGACCAUUCUAGAAGGUAUUUCCUUUAGUAUAACUAUCCUUCAGACCAUUCUAGAAGGUAUUUCCUUUAGUAUAACUAUCCUUCAGACCAUUCUAGAAGGUAUUUCCUUUAGUGUAACUAUCCUUCAGACCAUUCUAGAAGGUAUUUCCUUUAGUAUAACUAUCCUUCAGACCAUUCUAGAAGGUAUUUCCUUUAGUGUAACUAUCCUUCAGACCAUUCUAGAAGGUAUUUCCUUUAGUAUAACUAUCCUUCAGACCAUUCUAGAAGGUAUUUCCUUUAGUGUAACUAUCCUUCAGACCAUUCUAGAAGGUAUUUCCUUUAGUGUAACUAUCCUUCAGACCAUUCUAGCAGGUAUUUCCUUUAGUGUAACUAUCCUUCAGACCAUUCUAGCAGGUAUUUCCUUUAGUAUAACUAUCCUUCAGACCAUUCUAGCAGGUAUUUCCUUUAGUGUAACUAUCCUUCAGACCAUUCUAGAAGGUAUUUCCUUUAGUGUAACUAUCCUUCAGACCAUUCUAGAAGGUAUUUCCUUUAGUGUAACUAUCCUUCAGACCAUUCUAGAAGGUAUUUCCUUUAGUAUAACUAUCCUUCAGACCAUUCUAGAAGGUAUUUCCUUUAGUAUAACUAUCCUUCAGACCAUUCUAGAAGGUAUUUCCUUUAGUAUAACUAUCCUUCAGACCAUUCUAGAAGGUAUUUCCUUUAGUGUAACUAUCCUUCAGACCAUUCUAGAAGGUAUUUCCUUUAGUGUAACUAUCCUUCAGACCAUUCUAGAAGGUAUUUCCUUUAGUGUAACUAUCCUUCAGACCAUUCUAGAAGGUAUUUCCUUUAGUAUAACUAUCCUUCAGACCAUUCUAGAAGCUAUUUCCUUUAGUGUAACUAUCCUUCAGACCAUUCUAGAAGGUAUUUCCUUUAGUGUAACUAUCCUUCAGACCAUUCUAGAAGGUAUUUCCUUUAGUAUAACUAUCCUUCAGACCAUUCUAGAAGGUAUUUCCUUUAGUGUAACUAUCCUUCAGACCAUUCUAGAAGGUAUUUCCUUUAGUGUAACUAUCCUUCAGACCAUUCUAGCAGGUAUUUCCUUUAGUGUAACUAUCCUUCAGACCAUUCUAGCAGGUAUUUCCUUUAGUAUAACUAUCCUUCAGACCAUUCUAGCAGGUAUUUCCUUUAGUGUAACUAUCCUUCAGACCAUUCUAGAAGGUAUUUCCUUUAGUAUAACUAUCCUUCAGACCAUUCUAGAAGGUAUUUCCUUUAGUGUAACUAUCCUUCAGACCAUUCUAUAAGGUAUUUCCUUUAGUAUAACUAUCCUUCAGACCAUUCUAGAAGGUAUUUCCUUUAGUAUAACUAUCCUUCAGACCAUUCUAGAAGGUAUUUCCUUUAGUAUAACUAUCCUUCAGACCAUUCUAGAAGGUAUUUCCUUUAGUAUAACUAUCCUUCAGACCAUUCUAGCAGGUAUUUCCUUUAGUAUAACUAUCCUUCAGACCAUUCUAGAAGGUAUUUCCUUUAGUAUAACUAUCCUUCAGACCAUUCUAGAAGGUAUUUCCUUUAGUAUAACUAUCCUUCAGACCAUUCUAGAAGGGACAGUGCCUACAGUACCCAUGGGUUUAGACAGCUCAUUUUAGUGGGACUUUACUCAGAGGUCUAGAGUAGAACAGAACAGAAUAGGUUGACAAUUCAACGAACCAGAGACAACGUAUCAUUUGCCUAUUCAGGUUCAGUGCCCCAUGAGGUUUUUCAACAGCCAUUCAUAUUUCACAACAGCAACUCAGACGAGCUAGUUUGAGAUGAUGCAGCCCAUGGAUCGUAACCAGCACACUCAGAGGUUGAUAAACUAAAGGCGUCAUAAUAACUAUCCUUCAGACCAUUCUAGAAGGUAUUUCCUUUAGUAUAACUAUCCUUCAGACCAUUCUAGAAGGUAUUUCCUUUAGUGUAACUAUCCUUCAGACCAUUCUAGCAGGUAUUUCCUUUAGUAUAACUAUCCUUCAGACCAUUCUAGCAGGUAUUUCCUUUAGUAUAACUAUCCUUCAGACCAUUCUAGCAGGUAUUUCCUUUAGUAUAACUAUCCUUCAGACCAUUCUAGCAGGUAUUUCCUUUAGUAUAACUAUCCUUCAGACCAUUCUAGCAGGUAUUUCCUUUAGUAUAACUAUCCUUCAGACCAUUCUAGCAGGUAUUUCCUUUAGUAUAACUAUCCUUCAGACCAUUCUAGCAGGUAUUUCCUUUAGUAUAACUAUCCUUCAGACCAUUCUAGCAGGUAUUUCCUUUAGUGUAACUAUCCUUCAGACCAUUCUAGCAGGUAUUUCCUUUAGUAUAACUAUCCUUCAGACCAUUCUAGCAGGUAUUUCCUUUAGUAUAACUAUCCUUCAGACCAUUCUAGCAGGUAUUUCCUUUAGUAUAACUAUCCUUCAGACCAUUCUAGCAGGUAUUUCCUUUAGUAUAACUAUCCUUCAGACCAUUCUAGAAGGUAUUUCCUUUAGUAUAACUAUCCUUCAGACCAUUCUAGAAGGUAUUUCCUUUAGUAUAACUAUCCUUCAGACCAUUCUAGAAGGUAUUUCCUUUAGUAUAACUAUCCUUCAGACCAUUCUAGCAGGUAUUUCCUUUAGUAUAACUAUCCUUCAGACCAUUCUAGAAGGUAUUUCCUUUAGUAUAACUAUCCUUCAGACCAUUCUAGAAGGUAUUUCCUUUAGUAUAACUAUCCUUCAGACCAUUCUAGAAGGUAUUUCCUUUAGUAUAACUAUCCUUCAGACCAUUCUAGAAGGUAUUUCCUUUAGUAUAACUAUCCUUCAGACCAUUCUAGCAGGUAUUUCCUUUAGUAUAAACUAUCCUUCAGACCAUUCUAGAAGGUAUUUCCUUUAGUAUAACUAUCCUUCAGACCAUUCUAGAAGGUAUUUCCUUUAGUAUAACUAUCCUUCAGACCAUUCUAGAAGGGACAGUGCCUACAGUACCCAUGGGUUUAGACAGCUCAUUUUAGUGGGACUUUACUCAGAGGUCUAGAGUAGAACAGAACAGAAUAGGUUGACAAUUCAACGAACCAGAGACAACGUAUCAUUUGCCUAUUCAGGUUCAGUGCCCCAUGAGGUUUUUCAACAGCCAUUCAUAUUUCACAACAGCAACUCAGACGAGCUAGUUUGAGAUGAUGCAGCCCAUGGAUCGUAACCAGCACACUCAGAGGUUGAUAAACUAAAGGCGUCAUAAUAACUAUCCUUCAGACCAUUCUAGAAGGUAUUUCCUUUAGUAUAACUAUCCUUCAGACCAUUCUAGAAGGUAUUUCCUUUAGUGUAACUAUCCUUCAGACCAUUCUAGCAGGUAUUUCCUUUAGUAUAACUAUCCUUCAGACCAUUCUAGCAGGUAUUUCCUUUAGUAUAACUAUCCUUCAGACCAUUCUAGCAGGUAUUUCCUUUAGUAUAACUAUCCUUCAGACCAUUCUAGCAGGUAUUUCCUUUAGUAUAACUAUCCUUCAGACCAUUCUAGCAGGUAUUUCCUUUAGUAUAACUAUCCUUCAGACCAUUCUAGCAGGUAUUUCCUUUAGUAUAACUAUCCUUCAGACCAUUCUAGCAGGUAUUUCCUUUAGUAUAACUAUCCUUCAGACCAUUCUAGCAGGUAUUUCCUUUAGUGUAACUAUCCUUCAGACCAUUCUAGCAGGUAUUUCCUUUAGUAUAACUAUCCUUCAGACCAUUCUAGCAGGUAUUUCCUUUAGUAUAACUAUCCUUCAGACCAUUCUAGCAGGUAUUUCCUUUAGUAUAACUAUCCUUCAGACCAUUCUAGCAGGUAUUUCCUUUAGUAUAACUAUCCUUCAGACCAUUCUAGCAGGUAUUUCCUUUAGUGUAACUAUCCUUCAGACCAUUCUAGAAGGUAUUUCCUUUAGUAUAACUAUCCUUCAGACCAUUCUAGCAGGUAUUCCUUUAGUGUAACUAUCCUUCAGACCAUUCUAGAAGGUAUUUCCUUUAGUAUAACUAUCCUUCAGACCAUUCUAGAAGGUAUUUCCUUUAGUAUAAGUAUCCUUCAGACCAUUAUAGAAGGUAUUUCCUUUAGUAUAACUAUCCUUCAGACCAUUCUAGAAGGUAUUUCCUUUAGUAUAACUAUCCUUCAGACCAUUCUAGAAGGGACAGUGCCGACAGUACCCAUGGGUUUAGACAGCUCAUUUUAGUGGGACUUUACUCAGAGGUCUAGAGUAGAACAGAACAGAAUAGGUUGACAAUUCAACGAACCAGAGACAACGUAUCAUUUGCCUAUUCAGGUUCAGUGCCCCAUAAGGUUUUUCAACAGCCAUUCAUAUUUCACAACAGCAACUCAGACGAGCUAGUUUGAGAUGAUGCAGCCCAUGGAUCGUAACCAGCACACUCAGAGGUUGAUAAACGAAAGGCGUCAUAAUAACUAUCCUUCAGACCAUUCUAGCAGGUAUUUCCUUUAGUAUAACUAUCCUUCAGACCAUUCUAGCAGGUAUUUCCUUUAGUAUAACUAUCCUUCAGACCAUUCUAGCAGGUAUUUCCUUUAGUAUAACUAUCCUUCAGACCAUUCUAGCAGGUAUUUCCUUUAGUAUAACUAUCCUUCAGACCAUUCUAGCAGGUAUUUCCUUUAGUAUAACUAUCCUUCAGACCAUUCUAGCAGGUAUUUCCUUUAGUGUAACUAUCCUUCAGACCAUUCUAGCAGGUAUUUCCUUUAGUAUAACUAUCCUUCAGACCAUUCUAGCAGGUAUUUCCUUUAGUAUAACUAUCCUUCAGACCAUUCUAGCAGGUAUUUCCUUUAGUAUAACUAUCCUUCAGACCAUUCUAGCAGGUAUUUCCUUUAGUAUAACUAUCCUUCAGACCAUUCUAGCAGGUAUUUCCUUUAGUGUAACUAUCCUUCAGACCAUUCUAGAAGGUAUUUCCUUUAGUAUAACUAUCCUUCAGACCAUUCUAGCAGGUAUUUCCUUUAGUGUAACUAUCCUUCAGACCAUUCUAGAAGGUAUUUCCUUUAGUAUAACUAUCCUUCAGACCAUUCUAGCAGGUAUUUCCUUUAGUGUAACUAUCCUUCAGACCAUUCUAGAAGGUAUUUCCUUUAGUAUAACUAUCCUUCAGACCAUUCUAGAAGGUAUUUCCUUUAGUAUAAGUAUCCUUCAGACCAUUAUAGAAGGUAUUUCCUUUAGUGUAACUAUCCUUCAGACCAUUCUAGAAGGUAUUUCCUUUAGUAUAACUAUCCUUCAGACCAUUCUAGAAGGUAUUUCCUUUAGUAUAACUAUCCUUCAGACCAUUCUAGCAGGUAUUUCCUUUAGUAUAACUAUCCUUCAGACCAUUCUAGAAGGUAUUUCCUUUAGUAUAACUAUCCUUCAGACCAUUCUAGAAGGGACAGUGCCGACAGUACCCAUGGGUUUAGACAGCUCAUUUUAGUGGGACUUUACUCAGAGGUCUAGAGUAGAACAGAACAGAAUAGGUUGACAAUUCAACGAACCAGAGACAACGUAUCAUUUGCCUAUUCAGGUUCAGUGCCCCAUAAGGUUUUUCAACAGCCAUUCAUAUUUCACAACAGCAACUCAGACGAGCUAGUUUGAGAUGAUGCAGCCCAUGGAUCGUAACCAGCGCACUCAGAGGUUGAUAAACGAAAGGCGUCAUAGUCACCUGUCAAUGUCCUACACCAGUGAUGAGUCACCAGUCACCGUUUUGAAGACGGAAAUUGCUGCACCUUUUAUAUGGUGAUGCACCACACGACCUUGUGUGUUGCCUCAUGGAUCUUACGGUAUAGGGCAUCAUAAAAUACAUGGGUUAAAUGUUGACCAUCACCUGUUGUUCUGGUAUAUAGGUAAAGCCUCCUUCCGCAUAAGAACCUUAAUUCAAACUCUCCUCUUUCUGCCUCAGCGGUCAAUAAAGUCAAGUACAAUCUCAUCUUUUAUUGUUUGUAUCCUUGUGUAUUUUAGAGAACCUGAACAUUGCCGGGACAACCGGAAACGGGAACGGUAACAUCGCUGUGCGCUCCGUGACUCUCCAGGGCCAGCCGACCUACAGGGGGCCCAUCCACUGUAUCAGCUCCACACUGCAGACGGAGGGGAUCCAGGGGCUCUACAGAGGGGCCGGGGCCAUGGUCCUGAGAGACGUCCCUGGGUACACGCUGUACUUCAUCCCCUACGCGUUGUUCCGUCGCUGGCUAUCCCCUGAAGGGAGGUCGUCACCUCAUCCCUGUUCUAUAUGGCUGUCUGGAGGACUGGCAGGUAACUGGAAGGUGUUUAUGGAUGAAUGGUGAUGUUACUGUUGCUAGUUGGUCUUGGUGGAAGCAAACAGAAAGCUAAAGGAGCGUUCUGUUGAACCCGCGGGCUGGUUUUGGUCUCCGCCAGGCCAGAGAAUCUACUGGCUGAGGGUUAUUAGGCCCAUAAGUCAAUCGAACCCUCAAUCCUGACGUUGCUAGCAGGGCCGUAACCAGGGUUUGAGUUUCAGUGAGGUCCGGAAGGGGGUAGACUGCAUUUCUAUACAAUUAAAACAACUUUAAAAUGCUAUUUGGAGAACAGCAAGAAUGACCCCAGCCAUUAUGACCUCGGCUGCUGUAGGUUCAUUCACCUCAGUCCAUCGAUAAACACCUAGCCUAUUAGCUAUACAGCUGUAAUGCUAUACCCCUGAAAUAUGAGAAAUGAUACACACUGACACGUAGCAUCAGCGACUGUUCAGUCAGUUGCAAUGAUGAAUUGCAUAAAAUCAUCAACUCUUUACAUAGAUACUGUAUCUCUUUUGUCAAAAUACAUAGCAUUCACAUUUGUAUUCAUAGGCAUUACUAAUCAAGCUCCGUACAAACAGACAUCAGUGGAGCACACAGAUGAUCGUAUUAUCACAUUCACAAUAAUUAUUAGAAUAUUACUUACGUUUCUGUAUUAUCAGUGAUGUAGUGGUAAAAACUCCAUCGAUGGAGAUGAUAAGACGAACAACCACCGAUAUCAAGGACAUUUUAUGACAUUUUUAGAACUGUAUUGUUUGAAUGUUGAUUGCAUUUUAAUGUCUGUGGAGAUGUUCAUACUGAAACAUACAGUGGUUGUAUUUUAAUGUCGGCCUACAGGAAUGAUGGGCCAUGUGAAGAUGUUCAUAUUGAAACAUAUCAUCUUUUUAAAAAGUUCCUGAUAACAUUAGUACUGAUUUUCUCAGGGAGCCCCUCAUGGGGCCCCGACCCCAAGUUUGGGAACCACUGUACUAACCUCUCUCUGCUUACGUCCCCUCUCUCUCUCUCUGUCUCCUCUGCUUCCUCCUGCAUGCAUUGCAGCCUCUCUCAGCCUCACCACUGAGCGCCACGUCUGUCUCGGUAGCCUUCUCUCUGUAAAGCAACGUUAUUAUGAUCAUUUAGUAGCCCAUUUUUUGCACCUGCUGAGGUUCGGCUCCGUUUCACGUUAGCUUCGUACUUCAUCCUUCUAGCUGGCUAAGUAUACUAGCCAGAGCCCUUCAACGUUACUGUAUUGCCAAAUACAACAUUUCCUUUUGACACAGAGAUCCUGAUGAAAUGUCAGAUGAUUCAGUUCUCAGUAGUGUUGCAAAGCUACCAGUAGUUUACCAAGGUUGCCGGAAUCUUCAGUAAUUUUGGUAAUGAACUAAUAGGAGUGGCAAUAUGGUCCGCUAUUAUCCUCAGUAAUUUUCCAUCCAAGUUGCUGGACCACGGUGGCUUGUCAUUGUUGAUAGACAACAAUCACUGUUAAGCUCUUCCACACACUCACUUUACGGAAUUCAAAAUUACAACGCUUGUCUUUCAUAAUUUGGUCAGAUAUACUUGGAUGUGUAGUGUCAGCAUUUGUUGCUGGCAUGUCAUGCCUAAAUUUGCUAAUCUUACCAGUGAAUGAAAAAAAAUAAUGAAAGUAGUUGGCAAUAUCAGUCGGUUUUGUGAUGAAUGAGCCAUCUGAUUCAAUGAAUGAUGGCGCUGAGUUUGCCAUUUUUCCCCAAAUUUAAUUGAAGGCGCUCCAAAGAUUUUUACUAUCAUUCUUUUAUGUCAUUUAUCUUUGUUUCAUAGUGUAGUUUCUUCUUCUUUUUAUUCAGUUUAGUCACCUGAGUUCUCAAUUUGCAGUACGUUUUCCAAUCGGUUGUGCAGCCAGACCUAUUUACCAUUCCUUGUGCGUCAUCCCUCUCAACCAUAAAAUGUUUCAAUUCCUCAUCAAUCCACGGGGAUUUAACAGUUUUUACAGUAAUUUUCUUAAUGGGUGCAUGCUUAUUAGUAACUGGGAUAAGCAAUUUCAUAAACCUGUCAAGUGCAGUGUCUGUUUGCUCCUCAUUACACACCACGGACCAACACAUAUUCUUUACAUCAACAACAUAGGGAUCACUACAAAACUUAUUGUAUGACCUCUUAUACACUAUAUUAGGCCCAGCCUUUGGAACUUUGGUUUUCCUAGAGAUGGCUACUAAAUUGUGAUCACUACAUAAGAUGGAUCUGGAUACUGCUUUCAAGCACAUUUCUGCAGCAUUAGUAAAGAUGUGCUCAAUACAUGUUGAUGAUUUCAUUCCUAUGCUGUUUGUAACUACCCUGGUAGGGUGAUUGAUAACCUGAACCAGGUUGCAGGCACUAGUUACAGUUUGAAGCUUUUUCUUGAGUGGGUAGCUUGAUGAAAGCCAGUCAAUAUUUAAUCACCCAGAAAAUAUACUUCUCUGUUGAUAUCACCUACAUUAUCAAGUAUUUCACACGUUAUCCAGAUACUGACUGUUAGCACUUGGUGGUCUAUAGCGCUCGUGGUCCUCUGUAGCUCAAUUGGUAGAGCAUGGCGCUUGUAACGCCAGGGUAGUGGGUUUGAUCCCCGGGACCACCCAUACGUAAAAAUGUAUGCGCACAUGACUGUAAGUCGCUUUGGAUAAAAGCGUCUGCUAAAUAGCAUAUUAUAGCAACUUCCCACAAGAAUAGGCUUGAAUCUAAUCUUUAAUUUAAGAGAACGAUUAUUUAUGAAUACUUGCUUCCGUUUGAGUCUUCGAGAAAGGUGUUGUUGAUUUAAUUAGACCAUAUGGUUCAAGCCUAAUUAAUGGAACAAAAAUGUAAUCAACAAUGGCAUUCAUUUCAAUUAACUAUUUAACUAAUUAGCAACUCUUCCUACUGUUGACUUGUUUCAAACCUGCCACCAGUUUGGCCCCAAAACAUUGACAACAAAGACAUAGUGACAUGGUAAAAUAAAUACAAGAGUGUGAAAAAAUAUAUACAGUGCCUUGCAAAAGUAUUCAUCCCCCUUGGCGUUUUUUCCAAUUUUGUUGCAUUACAACCUGUAAUUUAAAUAGAUUUUAAUGGACAUACACAAAAUAGUCCAAAUUGGUGAAGUGAAAUGAAAAAAAUUACUUGUUUCAAAAAAUUCAAAAAAUAAAUAACGGAAAAGUGGUGCGUGAAUAUGUAUUCACCCCCUUUGCUAUGAAGCCCCUAAAUAAGAUCUGGUGCAACCAAUUACCUUCAGAAGUCACAUAAUUAGUUAAAUAAAGUCCAUCUGUGUGCAAUCUAAGUGUCACAUGACCUGUCACAUGAUCUUAGUAUAUAUACACCUGUUCUGAACGGCCCCAGAGUCUGCAACACCACUAAGCAUGGGGCACCACCAAGCAAGCGGCACCAUGAAGACCAAGGAGCUCUCCAAACAGGACAGGGACAAAGUUGUGGAGAAGUACAGAUCAGGGUUGGGUUAUAAAACAAUAUCUGAAACUUUGAACAUCCCACGGAGCACCAUUAAAUCCAUUAUUAAAAAAUGGAAAGAAUAUGGCACCACAACAAACCUGCCAAGAGAGGGCCGCCCACCAAAACUCACGGACCAGGCAAGGAGGGCAUUAAUCAGAGAGGCAACAAAGAGACCAAAGAUAACCCUGAAGGAGCUGCAAAGCUCUACAGCGGAGAUUGGAGUAUCUGUCCAUAGGACCACUUUAAGCCGUACACUCCACAGAGCUUUACGGAAGAGUGGCCAGAAAAAAGCCAUUGCUUAAAGAACAAAAUAAGCAAACACGUUUGGUGUUCGCCAAAAGGCAUGUGGGAGACUCCCCAAACAUAUAGAAGAAGGUACUCUGGUCAGAUGAGACUAAAAUUGAGCUUUUUGGCCAUCAAGGAAACGCUAUGUCUGGCGCAAACCCAACACCUCUCAUCACCCCGAGAACACCAUCCCCACAGUGAAGCAUGGUGAUGGCAGCAUCAUGCUGUGCGGAUGUGUUUCAUCGGUAGGGACUGGGAAACUGGUCAGAAUUGAAGGAAUGAUGGAUGGCACUAAAUACGGGGGGGGGUGAAUAGUUAUGCACGCUCAAGUUUUCAGUUUUUUUGUCUUAUUUCUUGUUUGUUUCACAAUAAAACAUAUUUUGCAUCUUCAAAGUGGUCGGCAUGUUGUGUAAAUCAAAUGAUACAAACCCCCCAAAAAUCCAUAUUUACCAGACGCUCUCAUCCAGAGCGACUUACAGUUAGUGAGUGCAUACAUUUCCUUGAUACUGGCCCCCCGUGGGGAUCGAACCCACAACCUUGGCAUUGAAAACGCCAUGCUCUACCAACUGCGCUACAGAGGGCCGGGUUAACUCCAGGUUGUAAGGCAACAAAAUAGGAAAAAUGCCAAUACUUUCGCAAGCCACUGUAAAGGAUAUUUCAUGUUGAAACCCUUUUAUUAAACAUCAAUGGUAUUCAUUAAGUUGGUGGUUUAUAUUUCAGGAUAAUGUUUUACAGCGUUGUCACUCUGUUUUUUUUUAUUUUUAAAUCAUCUCAUUUAAUUAUUUCAUAUUAUAUUACAUGUGGUCACACAGAGGGCUAGAGAUUAUUACAAACAUCUCUGAUUAUAUGAAGUACUCAAAAGGGCCAUCUUAAUAAUAAUAAUAUGCCAUUUAGCAGACGCUUUUAUCCAAAGCGACUUACAGUCAUGUGUGCAUACAUUUUUUUUUUGUGUAUGGGUGGUCCCGGGGAUCGAACCCACUACCUUGGCGUUACAAGCGCCGUGCUCUACCAGCUGAGCUACAGAGGACCACAUCUUGUGAUAGAUUACAUAAAAUUCUUGAAAUAUAACAGAAUUCUGGUAGUUUACCCUCCCUUUGCAACCGUAGUUCUCAGUAAGAGGGGGGUCUGAUGUUUUUGGUUAAAACAAAAAAAAAUUGUGUGGAAAGCAACAAGGAGAGGACAUUUGGCAAUUUUUGAGAUUUUGAAUACAUUAGAACAGAAGGAAAAAGCUUACAUUCCCACUGAAAUGUAACUUCCUGGCAGUGUGUCUCAGGACAGUUUUUUAAAAAAACCUGCCAGUUCAGUGUGUUUGAAGAAACAUCUUGAUAUUACAUGAAGUUUUCCAAAAAUGUAAUUGGCUGUUUUUAAGAAUGUAACUGUAAUCCGUAAAAAAAAAAAAAAAAUAGUAAUCUGGGUUGAUGUAAUCUGAUUACGUAAUCCCUGUUACAAGUACCCAACACUGGUUGUACCUCUGUGGUAGCUAAAACUCUGAACUGUAGUGACCUUUAUUUGCGAGUACUGUAGUCUUCUCUACCACCAAAUUAUUCAUGUAUUAUUUAUUAUUAUUAUUAUUACAUAUAAAGCUUUGCCGACUUGAACAUGCCCUGACUGUAGCCAAAAUCCUGUUACAAGGACUUCUAUAACAUCAUAGAUCAUCUCUACUGUUGCUACAUGCUAAUGUACGUCUCCUGACCUCUGACCUUCUCCUGUCUACAAGGUUCUAUCUCGUGGGUCACAGCUACUCCAGCUGACGUGGUGAAGAGCAGACUACAGGCGGACGCCCUCCACACAAGGAAAUACAGAGGGAUUGUACACUGCAUCGUCCAGAGCUACAAGACAGAGGGGAUACAUGUGAGCAAACGUACACUGGGCCUGUUUCCCCCGUACUCCGAUUAAGCCCAUAGACCUGGACUAAGCAGCGCUUUCAGUGAAGAUCCCUUCAUUGAGCAUGCUUCUUUGUCCAUGCGUAGGCCUAAUCUUUGUACGGGAAACCAGCCCACAGUGUAGCAAUUUAAAGAUUGAUUCAUCAGUACAUUUCAUUUGGAAAGUAGUACAGUAGCCUAUAUGUGUGGUUUUGGUGUAGCUUUGUGGCAACAUGGACAAUUGCUGACAGUGCUAGUAGCUGUUAGCGUUAGUCCCUUCAGUUUAAAAUUACCUCAACUGCCUCAACUAGCCGGUGCCCACCGCACAUUGACUCUGCACCGGUACCCCCCCCUGUAUAUAGCCUCCCUACUGUCACUUUAUUUUACUUCUGCUCUUUUUUUUCUCAACACUUUUUUUUUGUUGUUGUUUUAUUUUUACUUUUUUUUGUUUAAAAUAAAUGCACUGUUGAUUAAGGGCUUGUAAGUAAGCAUUUCACUGUAAUGUCUGCACCUGUUGUAUUCGGCGCAUGUGACCAAUACAAUUUGAUUUGAUUUGAUUUGAUUUAAAAGUUAAACUCGGGUGAACUCAACCCGACAUGUCCUGUAAAAGUCACAAGGCGAGACAAGAUCUGUUCCAAAAAAAAAAGUUAUUAUCAAACUACCAAGGUCGUUCCUGGGUUAAGGGGGAGUUCAAACAGGUUUUGGUCAGUUUGUGACGUAAUAGAAUAGUAGAAAGCCAAUAGUGUUGUGUCACACCCCCCAAUUCCAAGUGACCAGACUGAUGAUCUUGUUCAAAUGUGUUUUCGGCAGACAGUGACUGAGCACGGACAUUUGAUCAAUACCUGACAAUCAUUGACAAGAUAGGUACUUGGCCUGAAUGAGCUUGAAUGGGCUUGAACCAUGUGGUUUCAGCUAGAUAUUUGUUUUGGUUGGCUGUUAUGAAAGUAGGAUGUUACGUUUAAUUGAAUUCCUUUUUUUAAAUUAUACAUUUAGUAAUUAUUUUCUCUCUCUCUCUCUCUUCAGGUCUUCUUCCGCGGAGCCUCAGUGAACGCUAUCCGAGGCUUCCCCAUGAGUGCCACCAUGUUUCUGGGCUAUGAACUCUCUCUGCAGUUCUUCAGGGGUCUCUAGUGUCUACACCGGUAAUACACAGGAAUAUGAUAGAGUACAGUAUGUCCACUGAAUGAAACAUUAUCUUGACAGCUAUCCUCUUGUCCUUGGACACCCCAAAGGUUUCACCUGGAAGAUUAUUUGAAUCCUUACAGAAUGAAAGUGGGGAGCGACUUGAGAACUAUCUGCACUAUUGCCAUAAUACAAUGUAUUUGUAAAGUGUAAAUACUCAUUUCUUAAAUUAAGAAAAUAUCUUAAUAAAGGUGCCUUACACAAAUGCAUACAUUUAAAUAUGCUAUAAUAUAGAGUAACCGUAUGCUUAAUGUUUCUAGCUUUACAGCAUAAAUUAACUAGUUAUUAGUACCCAACAGUUAACCAGUUCUAACCUCAGUAAUGAUACACACAUUAAUCAUUACAUUUUAUGUUGGAGAAAUUAAAUGUCAUUCCAUGAGGAGGCAUAGUUUUGUACAUCAUUUGUUCUUAGUUAUUUGUAUGGUUUUUUUUGGGGGGGGGAAUUCUUGUUACAGACUGUUUCUGUACACUUUU